AUGAGCGAAGUCAGAGCUGAAAAUCUAAAGGAGGAAGGAAAUGAAUCACUGAGAAGGGGAAAUUACAACAAGGCCAUUUCCCUCUAUACCCGUGCAAUCGAAUUGGAUUGUUACAAUCCCAAGUUAUACAGUAAUCGCUGUACAGCCUACCUUUACCUCCAUGAAUUCGAAAGCGCGUUGCAAGAUGCAAAGAAAUGUGUUUCCCUUGAUCCGGAUUGGGGGAAGGGACAUGUACAGAUGGGAAGUUGCUACAGCAGCCUUCACCAAUACAAAGAAGCAAUUGAGGAGUACAAGAAGGGUAGGAUUCAUUCUGCCUCCUCUUACGAUAAGCCCUUCCUCUCGUUGACAAUUCUUCUGUGA